AUGUCAAACUCACGCAUCAAUAUCCGCAUUCUGGCGAACAAGUUCUCGCCCAGUGGCCUUGCAAGCCUCGACAGCUUUAAAAUCGCCACAGAGCCAGCUCCUACCAAGGACUCGCUGAAGGAGAACCAAGUCCUGAUUCGCACCCUGUAUCUCUCCAUUGAUCCGUACCAACGUGGCCGUCUGACCGGCGCAACCGACAGCUACGCAUCAACCAGUGCUGGUUCGGCAGGGGGCGAUAUUGUCAGUACACCAGAUGCCAGCUGGGAGAGCUUUUCGGUAGUCGAUGCUGCCUUCAACUAUAAGACAUGCGGAAACUUUAUCGAGGCGAUCAAGAGGAUAGAUCCUGAGGGAGUUGACAUCUACUAUGACAAUGUGGGUGGCGAGUUCCUGGACGCUGCUCUUGCCAACAUCAACACUGGUGCGCCCUAA